CUUCUUUUUUAAUUUCUUUAUGCAUUGUUGUGGAGUAGUAACCAUAACUAGGGUUUUCCUGAGGGAAAUAUAUAAUUUCAGGGUUUCCAUUUCUGGCUGUGGAAAAGAAGUGCAAUCUAUAAUUUUUUAUUUUUCCUGAAGAUGGGGAGAGGGAAAGUAGAAUUAAGGUGUAUAGAAAAUAAAAUAAACAGGCAAGUGACAUUCUCAAAGAGGAGAGGUGGAUUAGUGAAGAAAGCUCAUGAAAUAUCAGUGCUUUGUGAUGCUGAAGUUGCUUUAAUUGUUUUCUCCCAAAAGGGCAAGAUCUUUGAGUACUCUUCUGAUUGUUGUAUGGAACAGAUACUUGAACGAUAUGAGAGAUACUCAUAUGCAGAGAGACGCUUGCUUACAAAUAAUUCUGAAUCACCGGUGCAGGAAAACUGGAACCUGGAAUGUACUAAACUCAAGGCUAGGAUUGAUCUCCUACAAAGGAACCACAAGCAUUAUAUGGGAGAAGAUCUUGAUUCAAUGAGCUUUAAGGACCUGCAAAACUUGGAACAACAGCUUGAUACUGCACUUAAGCUUAUUCGAUCAAGAAAGAACCAACUCAUGCAUGAGUCAAUCUCAGAACUGCAGAAAAAGGAAAGGGCAAUCCAGGAGGAAAAUAACAUACUAGCCAAGAAGAUCAAGGAGAAGGAUAAGAUCGUAGGGCAGGAAGGUGAAUGGCACCAGCAAAAUCAAGUUCAUACUUCAACAUCUUUCCUCUUACAACCACAUCCAUGCCUAAAUAUUGGAGGUAAUUACCAAGAGGAAGCAGCAGAAGCAAGGAGGAAUGAGCUUGACCUAAAUCUGGAUUCAUUAUAUUCAUGCCAUAUGGGAUGCUUUACCACAUAAAUACGCAAAUGUGUUCACCCUGAGAAAUUGCCUACUUGCUGGAGUUCUCCAAUUCUGUGUUCUCAUCUGCUUUAUGUGGAGGAAAAUAAACGUUAAUUAAUCUUUGCAUGAGAAGUUCUUAAUAUUUAGCGUCUUUAUAUUGAUAUGUAUAGGCCUUAUUGUCUUUGUAUUAUUGUUUAAGAAUGUUAAUUCCCUAACCUUUGUAAAUUGGAAGGGGAGGUCCACUUGUUGGCUAUAGUUUAAACCUUUGUCUUUGA